UGCCCUUUUCUCUCUCGCGCGCGGAGACGCCAAGAAGCACGACGCAGAGGAGGAGGAAGAAGCAGCCCUCGUCGUCUUCUUCUCCCGAAUCCCAAACCACUGUAACCUCUAACCGUAAUUCCCUGCGGAUGCGAUUUUCUGUCAUCUACGAUCGCCGGCGAUGAUUCUCCCUACGGAAUCCCUGGCUCGGCAGUCGCGCCAUCUUGCCAUGGCUGCCCCGCAGUUUCAAUCCGUUGAGCUCUACUCCAAUGGUGUCGAUCCCUCUGGGAAGCCUUCCCCCUCUUCCUCUUCGUCGCGCACCUCCUCCAGGUUUUCCCCGUCCGCUUCCAGCUUCCUCUACAAUGCCAGGGUCGCUAUCGCCCUAGCUCCCUCCGCUUUGUUCCUCCUGUCGCUCGGCGGCAUCCCCGUGGUCGCGACCCUAAGUCUGGGCCUCAUCGUUGCCUACUUCCUGGACUCUUUCAACCUCAAGCACGCUGCGUUCUUUCUCGUCUGGUUCUCGCUUGUCGCCUCUCAGAUCGCGCUCCUAUUCUCUGGCGGACUCGCCGCUUUCCCCUCGUGGCCGCUCUUUCUUUUUGCUUUUGGUCUUUGCUCACUCGCCAUCUUCCUGAUUGGAGUGUGGGCCUCGAUCCAGUUCCGGUGGAUGAUCCUUGAGAAUGCCUCCGUCGUCACGGCGCUCGAGCGCUUGCUCUUCGCCUGCACGCCGAUCGUGGCCUCGAUCGUCUGGACGUGGGCGGCUGUCGCCUCCGUCGGGAUGAACCACGCCGCUUACUACCUCAUGUGUUUCUCUUGCCUAUUCUACUGGCUCUUCUCCAUUCCGCGGCGCUCGUCAUUUAGAUCACGGCUGGAGGGCCACUUCCAUGGCGGUGAGAUCCCUGAUGAUGCUCUCAUUCUCGGCCAGCUAGAGGGCUGUAUCCACACGCUCGUAUUGCUCUUUCUACCGGUCCUUUUCAGGGUUGGAUCGCAUCAUUCCGUGACUUUCUCGUCAGCCACGUUUAUUUGCGAUCUCCUUCUGCUGUUCUUCGUUCCCUUCUUGUUCCAAUUGUAUGCCUCGACAAAUGGGGCCUUGUGGUGGAUCACCAAGAACGUUAACGAGUUGCAUAGGAUCCGAAUUGUUAAUGGUGCAAUUGGUCUUGUUGUGGUUGUGAUCUGUUUGGAGGUGAGGGUGGUCUUCCACUCGUUCGGCAGGUACUUGCACGUGCCGCCGCCGUUGAAUUACAUUCUUGUGACGGUUGCCAUGCUGGGAAGUGCUGCUGGUGCGGGUUCAUUUGCCGUUGGGAUGAUUGGCGAUGCAUUCAGUUCGGCAGCUUUUUCAGUUCUAGCCGUCCUUGUGGGCAUUGCUGGUGCCAUAGUGGUCGGAUUUCCUUUUCUGCUUUUACCAAUCCCUGCAAUAUCUGGCUUUUUCCUUGCUCAGUUUUUUACAAAGAAGAGCUUAACUUCAUAUUUUACAUUUGUUCUCCUGGCUAGCUUCACUGUUACAUGGUUUGUGAAGCAUAACUUUUGGGGCCUUAGUAUCUGGUUGGCUGGUAUGUCACUUCAGUCCUUUUGUAAGCUGAUAGUUGCUAGCAUGGUCCUUGCCAUGGCUGUUCCAGGAUUUUCUCUUCUAUCAGUGAGAUUUCGUUUUGUGACUGAAGUUGGUCUUAUUAGCCAUGCAAUUCUUUUGUGCUACAUAGAGAACCAAAUUUAUAGUCAUUCUAGCAUGUACUAUUUUGUUCUUGAUGAUGAAGUGAUGUAUCCCAGCUACAUGGUUAUUACAACAACUGUUUGUGGCCUGGCUUUGGUGAGGAGAUUGUUUCUGGACCACAGAAUUGGACCAAAGACUGUUUGGGUUUUGACAUGUGUAUAUUCAUCAAAACUAGUAAUGCUUUUCAUUUCCUCAACAUCUGCUGUAUGGGUUGCAUUGGUCCUUCUCUUGGCCAUCUCUCCUCCAUUUCUUCUUUACAGAGACAAGUCAAAAUCAGCUUCUAAGAUGGCUGUAUGGCAAGGUUUCAUGCAUGCUGGUGUUGUUGUUGUCUCUACGUGGUUAUGUAGGGAAACAAUUUUCGAAGCAUUGCAGUGGUGGAUGGGAAGGCCACCAACUGACGGUCUUCUGUUGGGUACAUGUAUUCUUCUAAUGGGCUUGGGUUGCAUACCAAUUGUCUCCCUACACUUCUCUCAUGUGCAGUCAGCAAAGCGGAUUUUAUUGUUAGUGGUGGCUCUUGGCCUGCUCUUCAUGUUCAUGCAGCCACCAAUUCCAUUCUCCCUAGCAUUCAGAUCAGAAAUUAUCAAAGCAGCUCAUUUAUCUGCUGAUGACAGCUCAAUCUACGGUUUUACAAUGGUUAAGCCUUCAUGGCCAUCAUGGUUGCUUAUCUCCACUAUCAUGCUCACACUUGCAGCAGCUACUAACAUCAUUCCAAUAAAGUACAUCGUUGAGUUGAGGACAUUUUAUGCAGUUGGUGUGGGAAUCACAUUUGGCAUCUAUAUCUGUGCAGAAUAUUUCCUUCAGGCUGUACUCUUGCACGUAUUAAUUGUUGCUACUGUUGUAUGUACGUCUGUUUUUGUAGUCUUCACACACUUGCCGUCAGCAUCAAGCCCUCGCAUUUUACCAUGGAUUUUCGCUCUUGUGGUAGCCCUUUUCCCUGUAACAUAUUUGUUGGAGGGACAGCUGCGGGUGGUUAGUGAACUUGAUGGUGAAGGGAAAAAGUUUGCUACCCUUUUGGCCAUUGAAGGCGCCCGAGCAUCUCUUUUGGGAUUAUAUGCUGCCAUAUUUAUGUUAAUUGCCUUGGAGAUCAAAUUUGAAUUAGCUUCACUUUUGCGAGAGAAAGCUCAAGAGAGAGGUCUUUUGCAUAAUCCUGCAAAUCAGAGCAGUGGUUUCAAUCCAAAAUUCAGGCUCUUACAGCAACGGCGGGCUUCGGCUGCUCCAUCUUUCACAGUGAAGAAGCUAGCAGCUGAGGGUGCAUGGAUGCCAGCUGUUGGUAAUGCUGCUACAAUUCUUUGUUUCACCACCUGCUUACUGUUGAGCAUCUAUUUGACAGGUGGAUCAAACCGGUCAAUAUUCUUGUUGGCACCUAUUUUGUUGCUUCUAAAUCAGGAUUCGGACUUCUUUACCGGAUUUGGGGACAGGCAACGUUAUUUUCCAGUGACUGUUGUGAUAUCCAGUUACUUGGUAUUAAAUGCUCUCUACAGGGUAUGGGAAGAAAUAUGGCAUGGAGAUUCAGGAUGGGGUUUAGAGAUUGGUGGGCCAGGGUGGUUCUUUGCUGUGAAAAACGUAGCCCUUCUCAUCCUUACGCUGCCUAAUCACAUCCUUUUCAACCGCUUCAUGUGGGAUUUUACCAAACAGACAGAUGCAGUCCUGUUAUUGACCAUGCCCCUCAACCUGCCAUCGAUAGUAAUCACUGACAUAAGCACAGUGAUGGUACUGGGGUUACUUGGGGUAAUUUAUUCCUUGGCGCAAUAUUUGACUGCAAGGCAAGUUAGGAUUGCAGGCAUGAAGUACAUAUGAGAGGCAUGACAGUUACUGUUAUAUGAGGAACCUUUCCAAGUCCCGUCUCUGGAAGAAGAUAUGAGAUGGGUGGCAACAACAAGAGCAAAAUUUUUCUCAUCAGCCGGAGGCAGGGUUUUACAUUUCAUGUACUUUUAAGCGGGACUUCGAGACCGGGUCAAAGGAGAAAAGCAAGUUAUCGAUUCCUGGACCUGAAAUUUUGAACGUGCUUUUGUACAAAAAAAUUUCUAGAUAUUGGGAGGAUAAGUUUAUGAGCCUGGAAAUGUUCAUUUUGCUAAGUUCAAUCAGUUUCAUUUGUCCA